CCUGCUAGCGCCCUGCCUCCUACAGUCAGGAGCGCCCAACUUUCCUGAGAAGCACACGCUGCGUGUCUGGACCUCUGUACGCCACGGGGACUUUGAUUCACACUGCUUUUCCCACGAGAUGUUGAUUGUGCUCGUGCGAGGAUAGUGUCUCUUCGCGUCGCGCUCUCUCCAAAGGUUUUACUAAAGAAACAUUUUCAUUUUCAUUUUUUUUAUUGCUCACUGACAACUCCGGAGCCAAUACCCGCGCAGUGCGCACAGGUACACACUGCCCUCCUGAGCGGGGACUGUUCACGAGCUGCACUGGGAUUUUCUAUUGUUAUUAUUGAUUUUAACUUGGAAACGAAAGUGAUCGAUCUGUUGGAUUUGGUUUCUUCAAUGACUUGCAAGACUCGAUUUGAAGUUGUACUCACCAAGCUGUAACAAAGAGAUUUUUUAAAAACACGCCUUGUGUGCUACUGGAGGUUGGUCAAACAUGCAGUUGGACGGCCUGUGGACGGUCCACGCCCUCCUGGCACUGUCCAGCUUUGCUCUAGGGAACCCGAUGAGCAAUGACCCAAUGGCCGCACCCCGUGUCUUCAUUUCCUUCAAAGAGCUGAGAUCCACCGGCACUGCUCAUCACUUUGCCUACCUUCUCAAUACUUCUGAUUACCGGAUCCUGCGCAUGGAUGAGGAUCAUGAUCGUAUGUACGUCGGAAGCAAGGAUCACAUCUUGUCCCUGGAUCUCCAUGACAUCAACAAGGACCCCCAUAUUAUCCACUGGCCAGUGUCCGAACGAAGAAGGAUGGAGUGCCUUGUGAGUGGGAAGGACGCCAAUGAGGAAUGUGCAAAUUUCAUCCGUCUGGUUGAGCCAUGGAACCGGACUCAGCUUUACAUCUGUGGGACAGGAGCUUACAAUCCAGUCUGUACCUUUGUCAACCGUGGACGCAAACCUCAGACUUCCAUGUAUCUGCAGAUGGCCCAGGCCAGAGGAAGGGCUAGCCGCGCAGCUGAACCCAGCGCGGUGCACGAGACACUUGGAUUAAAGGAAGAUAUAUUCCAUUUGGAGCCUGGCAAAGUAGAAUCUGGGAAGGGAAAGUGCUCCUACGAUCCGAAGCUCAACAGCGUGUCAGCUUUGAUCAAUGGUGAGCUGUAUGCUGGGGUCUAUGUUGACUUUAUGGGAACAGACUCUGCCAUUUUCCGUACUUUGGGAACAAAGACAGCCAUGCGAACAGAUCAGUACAACUCCAGAUGGUUAAAUGACCCCACGUUCAUCCACGUUCACCUGAUCCCAGACAGCGCGGAGAGAAAUGAUGACAAGCUGUAUUUCUUCUUCCGAGAGAAGUCUGCUGAAAUGGGCCAGACUCCUGUGACCCAGUCCCGUAUAGGACGCAUCUGCCUGAAUGAUGAUGGAGGCCACUGCUGUCUGGUGAACAAGUGGAGCACCUUCCUGAAGGCCAGGCUCAUCUGCUCGGUGCCAGGCGCUGACGGCAUGGAGACACACUUUGAUGAGCUCCGAGACGUUUACAUACAGCCAACACAGGACACAAAAAAUCCUGUGAUUUAUGGAGUCUUCUCCGUCUCUGGCUCUGUAUUCAAAGGCUCAGCAGUGUGUGUCUACUCCAUGGCUGACAUUCGCAUGGUCUUCAAUGGACCCUUUGCACACAAGGAGGGUCCAAAUUAUCAGUGGGUUGCUUACACUGGGAAGAUCCCAUACCCUCGUCCAGGCACAUGCCCUGGAGGUACCUUCACCCCCAACAUGAAGUCCACCAAGGACUAUCCCGAUGAAGUGAUCAACUUUAUGAGGAAUCACCCUGCUAUGUACAAUGCUGUGUACCCAGUACACAAACGCCCCCUGGUGGUUCGGACGAAUGUGGACUAUGAGUUCACCACCAUCACUGUGGACCAGGUGGCGGCUGCAGAUGGAAACUAUGAAGUACUCUUUCUAGGAACCGACAAGGGAACUGUUCAGAAAGUCAUUGUUCUGCCCAGAGAUGACCUGCAGACUGAGGAGCUUGUCCUGGAGGAAGUAGAGGUUUUCAGGGUUCCUACUCCAAUUACAACAAUGAAGAUAUCAUCCAAAAGACAACAGCUAUAUGUGUCUUCUACAAUGGGGCUCACCCAGCUGGCUCUUCACCGCUGUGAUGUGUACGGGGAGGCCUGUGCUGACUGCUGUUUGGCCAGAGACCCUUACUGUGCCUGGGACGGCAAGUCGUGCUCCCGUUACUCUUCCUCGCAGAAGAGGUCUGACCCGUUUAGACGGAGCCGGCGGCAGGACGUCAAGUAUGGAAACCCCAUUCGGCAAUGCAGAGGCUUCAACUCAAAUGCCAAUAAGAACACUCUGGAGAUGGUGCAGUAUGGGGUGGAGGGGAGCAGUACCUUCCUGGAGUGUCAGGCCCGCUCCCCGCAUGCUGUCAUCAAAUGGCAUCUGCAGAGAGAUAACAGCGACCGCAGGAAAGAGAUGCGUUCUGAUGGUCGGAUUUUGAAGACGGAGCAGGGUCUUCUUCUGCGCUCUCUGCAGCCCUCUGACUCUGGUAUGUACCAGUGCACAGCCACAGAGAAGAACUUCAAACACACGCUGGUCAAGCUGCAGUUGGUAGUGCUGUCAAGCCGGGCUGUCAACAAUGUGCUAGUGGAGGGCGCAGGAGGGCUGCCGUCUUCUCUCCACUCCUCCAGCACCCAGUGGACCCCCAGCUCAGACCAGUACAAGGACCUGCUGACCAUCCUGAGCCAGCCAGAAAUGAGCCUGAUCAAUCAGUACUGCCAGGACUAUUGGCAAUUUGGAGACCCACUGCUGGGUGCCCUCAAGGCCAAAGACCUGAAAGAGCUAAAGGAGCAGAAGAAGCCCCGAAACCGCCGGCAUCAUGGGGAGGGGGAAGAGGAAGAGGAGCGAGAGGAGGUAGCGACAUGAGGAGCCCACCUUUGUGUAUCAAACACCCUCAGCCACCCUCCCCCACCCUGUGAAAACAGGGAGAGACUCAUUCAGAGUAGCAACAUGAAAAAAUCCACAAUCCCAAAAAAAGAAAACUGAGAAAAAAGAGGCUUACAAACUAAACCCCACACACUCCCUCUUAAACAGUAAGAUAUAUGACACAGUAUUUAUUGUAGGUUGUAUAUAGUCUCAUUCUGUGGAUUUCUUUGUACUUAUAGAAAAAAACAUGCUCUUUGUGUAUAGGUACCUGUGGGGCAAAUAUUAUUGUUAUUAUUGAUGUUAAUUUUAUUGUUGCUGUUACUGUCAUUAAAAAAAACUCAUUGUCAUAACCAUGACAGUUUGGAAUGUGUUAUCAGGCAUGUAAGCUGUUAGGGGAGCUCUGAGAAGCUCUCUAUUACAGGACAAGGAGUAGUUAAUGAGAGGUUAUGGGUUCACUGUUGUUUCUUCUUUACUUUGACUCCAUGCCAGGAUUCUUUUAUUUCUGGACACUCCAGGAAUGACUGCAAUGUAAACUCCACAGGGCUGCAUGACAGAGACUUGAUAUUGUGAGGGGACCAUAGAUACAUGGUCCCGUUUAUGGAGGGGAAAUUGUUUUUUCUCUAUGGGAACCCAGACAUUGAGGGAACUGUUAAAUGUAUUUUGACUGGUGUAACUGGGCCUUUUAAUAAUUGGGCUUUCUGUACUUUUCUCCUUCUUGAUGGAGGGAUUGAAACUAAAAUUAGGCAAAUCUCAGUUGUAUUUUCCAUAGAGUAACCUGAAGAUCCUCCUUGCUGUUUAACUCAAGUUUAAAAGAGGCAAGAGAACUCAAGUGGAAUAAUUUACAUUGAAGAAGGAGGAGGGGGAGGCUUUUGCUCUUUUUUUUAUGAAACCUCUUAGACAUGAUGGUUUGGUUCUUUUAAGAUAAGACAUUGUUUGAACUGAGGUUGAGGUGCAAUAAAGGGUCAUGGUUAUGUAUAAAGGGCAUUAUUUUUUUACUUUCAAGGGACAUUGGCUGGGGCCAAAUCCAACAUGCACACUCUGCAAGUUCAAGUUGAUUUCUGUAAAAAUGGAAAAAAAAAUCUAUUACAUACAAUAGAGGUGCCAGAUCAGGCAGCAGCUAUGAGCUCCACGCACACAAGGCAUCCUUUUUUUUUUUGUUCAUGUACUGAAAAGAAUAUACAUUGCCCCUUUACACAUCAGAGCAUUGUAAAAAUGUUGUGACACUAACCAAAAUAUUGGGAAGCUGGCUUUCAUUGUGUGCAUGAACCUGUAUUUGUACUGUAAUUCUGAUAAGAUACUGUGUUUUUUUAUUUGUUUUGUUUGUUUGUUUAUUUUUUUUAUUUUCAUCUCAAAUGGUGUACAGUGAGACUCUGCGGAACAAUGUUAGUGCAGAGAAAAAUGUGCAAGACAAGUGCUUUAAAGUUGUCUUCAUAACAAAUUCCCCCUGUAUACAGCAUGAUACACCUUUUCAUUUAGAUACAUGUAAGGUAUUAGGUGAAAUGAUUUCUCUGAUGUGUUUUUAAAGCACAUAGUAUGUGAAAGCAUCAUUUAAAAUAUGAGAAGACCAUGUUGACUAUGUAGACAGAGGCUAAUUACUUUCAGUGAUAGGGCUGUUAUUAAAGGUGAGUGAGGUUUUUAUUGAUUUGAUCUUUGUACUCACCUGCUAGUACACAAAGCUAUUGUCUGCAUUACCACAUUUAUUGGGAACCAAAAUUAACGGAAUACUCAUAAAAGACGACAAAUCUUGAAGAAAUUGCAGUAUCGUUUACAUUUGAUAUUUCAAGGCUUUCUAAACACCUUGCUUGGCAUGUAUUCAUGCUGUAAAUAAGCCUUUAUGAACUCAUUUUGGAUGAUGUAUCCAGAAUUAAUACAGCGGUAUCUGUACCUGCUCCUCAAUUUUUAGGAUAUCUGUCUGUCUACAGCCUGUACUGGCAAAUCAAUUCAAAGAAAAGUUGUACAAUUUGUUAGUAUUUUUCAGUAUGUGUCUGUAGUUCAGAGUGUUUUUGUUUGUUUUGUAUUUUUGCAUUAUCAGACUAUAAGGAAAAAAACAAAAAAUACAUAAUUCGCAGAGGUGAUGUUAUUGUAAUGACUUGUGUAAAUUACUCUAUCUUCUCUUUCCAUUGUUGUCGCUGACUAAUAAAUUAAAGCUCUAUAUUUUAUAAGAAUGGAAUGCUCCCCCCGUCAUUGUGAUUGGCUUAAUACCUGAUGUUUUCCAUGUUAGAGCCCUCUGGAUCCUUGGAAUAAAGUUGUACCUGUUAAAACGA